CUGGAUUCCAAAUGUAGGGUCCGCACGUGAUCAGAUGAUAUGUCACUGCUCGAUUCUGAUUGGCGGGACGGGUAAAUUUCCCAAGUAUACGGCCUCAAGCCAGUAUCCAUGGAAUGUUCCAAUGGUUUUCUCCUUGAUUCUCCAAUUCCAGUUUGCUUUCUUUUCAGGAUACAAUAUUUUGCAUCAUCCUCACCUUGAUACAAAAUGUCCCAAGAUAAAGAUUCUUCAACCGAUCCGGAAACCGGCUGUACCACAAUAGAGAGCACAUGCAAUGGCCCCGAUGCAGAAGAUACGGGUCCAACAUCUGCCUUCCAGCAGUUGGCCAUCCUAGACCGUUUUCUUGCAUUGUGGAUCUUCCUUGCCAUGGCGGUUGGGAUCAUUCUGGGUAAUUUCGUGCCGAAUACAAGCAGAGCACUGCAAAAAGGGAAAUUCGUGGGCGUUUCAGUGCCCAUAGCCAUCGGUCUGCUUGUGAUGAUGUACCCCAUUCUAUGUAAGGUCCGAUACGAAACUCUGCACCGGUCUUUCAGGGAGAGAGCGCUGUGGAUCCAGAUUGGGUUCAGUAUCAUCGUCAACUGGGUCAUAGCCCCUUUCUUCAUGCUUGCUUUAGCUUGGGCGUUUCUCCCGGAUGAAAGAGGCCUCCGCGAGGGCCUUAUUUUAGUGGGGAUUGCGAGAUGCAUUGCAAUGGUCCUGGUCUGGACAGGGCUUGCCGGGGGAGAUGGCGAAUACUGUGCGAUUCUCGUCGCCGUCAACUCCAUCCUGCAAAUGGUCCUCUUCGCGCCAAUGGCAAUAUUUUUCAUCCGGGUAAUCGGUGGCUCCGAUGAGGGAUUGACAAUUGACUAUUCCUUAGCCGCAAAGAGCGUUGGAGUAUUCCUGGGGAUACCGUUAGGUGCGGCGAUUGUCACUCGUUUCGCACUGCGACACCUGAUUGGCAAGGAAAACUACGAGCGGCACUUUCUCAAAUGGAUUGGGCCACUAUCUCUCAUUGGUCUCCUGUUCACCAUCUUGGUCCUUUUCGCUUCGCAGGGAAGGCAAGUUGUGCACCAGAUCGUGUCCGUGGUUCGAGUGGCCGCACCGCUGAUCGUAUAUUUUUCGGUCAUUUUCAUGGUCACUCUGGUUGUGACGCGGCGGUGUGGCUUUGGAUAUAAACUGUCGUGCACUCAAAGCUUCACGGCGGCUAGUAAUAACUUUGAACUUGCAAUCGCGGUGGCGAUAGCGACAUUUGGGGUCGAUAGCGAUCAAGCUUUGGCCGCAACGGUCGGCCCCCUGAUUGAGGUUCCCGUGCUUCUAGGCCUGGUUUAUGUAGUCAAGUGGCUUGCUAGGAGGCAGAGAUGGACCUAG